CGGAAACCCCAAGGCAGCCCUGCGGCCGACCUAGGUAUUGUUCAUAAUGAGAACGAAUGCGAGCCACGGCCACCAGUCUACCUGCAGAACAGAAACUCACCCAACAAUAUUUAAGGCAGCUGGCCAUCAAGAAGCAGCAGCAAGUUGGCAACAGAAACCAGAUAGAAGAUGCUGCUGAGAAGCUCAAGGCUCAUGCAGAGUCAAGUAAAAUCUGGCUGACAGGGAAAUUCACUGAACUCAGAUUGCUACUUGAUGAAGAGGAAGUCCUGGCCAAGAAAUUCAUCGAUAAGAAUACCCAGCUUACCCUCCAGGCAUACAGGGAGCAAAUCAAGUCGUGUGAGGACCAAAUUGACGUCUUGAACAGUCUCUCUGACAGGGUCUGCAGUAUCAGCCAGGAGCCCGACCCUGUCCAGCUGUUGCAGGAGUUCACGGCCACUGAGCGGGAGCUGAAGCAGCAGAUGCGCUUGGGGGAGCUGUGCCACCCCGUGCCCCAGUCCUUCGCGCCCAUCAAGACCUUCUUCAAGGGCCUUGUGGAAGCCAUGCAGAGAGUGGUACAGACGCCACUGGAGGCUCGCUUGAAGGACAACAUGAACUGCCAGCUCUCCAGCUUCUCUAGCACCAAGCCGGACUCCCUGUUGAAAAUCAGUCCCUCACCAGAGCGAUCGCUCUUCUUGAAAUGUAAGACCCCCAGGGUGGAGAGGGUGGGGUGCAUUGGUGGGAAGGGGGGUGACAGAAAUGGAGUUCCCCCCUUUUUCCCUAAGAGACCCAACUUGGUUUUUUUAACCAUUAUUUUUAUAAAUGUAGAAAUAAUGUUUAUUGUAGAAAAAUUAUGCAACCGCCAGUCGUGGUGCCUCAAGCGCUACGACCUGGAGUACUGGGCCUUCCACGACAGCCAGCGCUGCCGCCUGUGGCCCCGCGACGACCCCGACCGGCUGGGCGUCUUCCUGGAUUACGAGGCCGGCGUCCUCGCCUUCUACAACGUGUCGGACGGCAUGAGCCACCUCCACACCUUCCGCGCCGCGUUCCAGGAGCCGCUCUACCCGGCCCUGCGGCUCUGGGAAGGGGCCAUCAGCAUCCCCCGGCUGCCCUAGGGCCCGAUGGGAGGGACCGCCCUUAGACUUCCCGGGACUCUGGUCACACCCGACCCAGACGUGAGUGGUCCACCGCCUGCUCUCCAAGCACACCCGCCGUCUCCCCCACCGGUCUCGCCUGCGCUGUCACAGGUCCUCUCCCAGGCCCGGUCCGGACGUGCCUUAAACAUCGGUCCCCUGCUGCUCGCUCAGCAGACCUCCCCACCCCCCUGCACUGCUUUUAGUCCGGGUUCGGAAAGGACGCCCUCGCAGGUGAGCCCUGGGCAUCCUGACCAAUCACACUACACUAGCCUCAGACCUCCUCCCUCGUAUAGAAGCCAGAACUGGCUGGCACAUAGUAGGUGCACAAUAAAUGCGCGAAUGCAGGAGAGGCGCCCAGCCCUGACUCCAUCUAACCAGUGCCCCUGGGCUCUGUCUCCUCUGCAUUCGGCGUCAUUCAGCUUGUCCACGUUUCCUCAGAGCAGCAUCAAGAGCCUCUUAAUAGCGGCCUGAACCCUCUCCCGUCCUCCACCCAUAACCAGAGUGAUCUGCCUAAAACCGCACUUAGCCUCUCAGGACAAUGAAAAGGUUCCAAGGGUUCCAGGGGGGAAAAGCACGUCACCUCGCCUUAGCAUGCAAGGUUUUUGUGGGCUGCCCCUGAGCUGCUGCUCAACUAGCUUCUGCAGCUCUUUUCAGAUACCCUCCAGCGGAACUGUCCCAUGGUGGGCCUCUGGGCCUUUGCAGGUCUCUUCCCCUGCCCCCAUGACAUUUAUAUAGGAAAGCCCUUCUUCUUUGCCUGUCUCGGUCUUCCCAAGGCUUAACUGCCCCCAAGGAAGUCUCCCCAAGCCACUAGAAUCUUAGCAACAGGGCCACAAACCCUGAUGGGGUUCUACUUUCUAAGUAGAUUGGAAGCUUUCUAAGGGCAGCUGUGUCCUGCACUCUCCCCAUCCUGAAAAGUUCAGUAAGUCCCUGCCCUCCCAGAGUCACAGAGCAGCUGGGCUGGGAGAGCCUGACAGAUCACUCAGCCUGACCUCAUUGUACAUUUCGGGAGACAGGUCCUUACCUGAAAGUAAGUUGCUUAAAGUAGCCCACGGUGAUUAAGGGCGCCCGGCACUCUAGCCCCUAGGCGAGUUUCUGAUGUGCCCUUUGGCCCAGCCUUUAACCUGGGAGAUUAACUACUUAUUCAUUCCUGGGGAUGUAGGGAAGAAUCAGCAGGUGGCAGUUACUAAGCAACCACUGGCAGUUUUCCCACUGUCUUAGAAUCAAAAGCAGAGCAUGAGUGGAGUUGGGCAGCCCAGACACAGUAUGCUUCUCAGAUCCAGGUGUUGCCAAGGAACGCCAUAGAGCCCCACUUUCCAGAAGUGACAUAAAUAGAGAAGGCCAAACCAGCAGGACCUCAGGGAGGCCAGCUCCUCUAACAGGGAGAGAAAGGCCUCCUUCCAGGGCCUGUGCCUCAGUUCUAAAGGUUCAGCAUCCUGAUUUGUCAAGUUCCCUAGACAGUUUUCAAGUUAUACCAUAUUAAAUUUACCUUGUUAAGUGCUUGAUAGGACAGUGGUAGGGUGAGGAAAACACAAAGCUAAAUCUCCCUCAUGGUUUAAACAAACUACGUGCAUUAAUUAGUUUGAACCAUAAAAUGAGAAUUUCCAAUAGUUUUUUACCUAAAAAUGGCACUUUCAUAUGGGGCAAUGUAAUACAAUUAGAAUACAAGACAGAAGGAACCUCAAAAGUGCCUUUAGUUCUAACCAAAUAAUUUAAAACUCUAACUUGAAUAGGUGUCUAAGCACUAUGCUCCAGGAAUCCUGAGAAAGGGGAAUUUUACUGGGGAUGGCCCAAAACUGAAUUCAGACAGAGGCAUUCCCGACAGAGCAAGAGGGGUACACUUGACUCUACAUCUCUGUUCAUCCCUGGAAAUCCAGACUGGUUCCCCGGCCCACAGCCAACAGGGGCCGAGUAACAAUGGCCCUUGCUCUUCGUUGGGCACUGUUCUAAUGCUUUAUGGCUAUGAACUCAUUUGAUCCUCACAUCAUCCCUAGGACUUAGAAAGUUAUCCCAACUGAGACAAAAUUGAGACACACAAGUCACACAGCUAAUGGAGCUGGGGUCUGUGCUUAUGUCCACAAGGCCAUACUGUUAGGGCAAAUCUAGCUUUGGAUUAUCUCCCUUGGGCUCUUGAGAUGAGGUCUUAUACCCGGAGGGGGGAUUUGAGAGUAGCAGAGACUAUAAAGGUUGAAAAAUGGCUUUUAUCAAAUGCCUACUUUGUGCCAAGGCCUGCACCAGUUGGAAAACUGCAGUUUUGGUCCACAAUCAACUCUGACCUCAGGCUAGUCACUUUUUACUUCUCGGAGCAUCAUCUGUAAAAUGGGUGUAAAGAUCCUAUCUACCAGUGCUGUGAGUCUCAAAUGAGCCAAGGAUAGGAACUAGCCUUAAAAACUUUACAGAGCUGUGCCAUGCCAGGAUAUGUGAGCAUCCCCAGCAGAAUUCCUGUUGUGCUUAGCACUGAGACAACUGCUACUCCAAACUGCCAUCUGGCAGUAGCAGGAGCUUCCUUGCAUAUUCACAGGAGAGGACUGAGCUUCCUUGGGGUCCAUGUCUGCAAGGGUAUUGAUCACUCUUUCAGAUUUGUAGAAAUUUCUUAAUUGAUACAGCAAAUUGCUUGCAGAUAUGUGUAAAUGACAGCAAUUUUCUAAUAUAUAUAUGUUUACAUAAAAUAUGAUAUUUGUCUCU